UUGAUCAGUUCUCCAUAUCCAAGUGUGUAUAUAUAUAAGUGCACUCUGCUAGUAUACAUUUUACAUCACGAUUUGGAGAAGGAUUAAGGCGUUGAUACGAUUCCUAGACCAAGUUAGCCAUUUAGGUGCACCGAAACGAGGUCAAGCGGCAACAACUCUCACCUAAAAGGAUCCUUUUACCACAAGCGAUCAGCACCUGCUGCAGUGCACUGAGCCGCACCAUGCAAAGCUAUUUGAUCGUGCAUGCACUGCUCGCGAGCAACCGGCCGCCCUAGCGACGAAAUUCCACCACAUCGACGUCGUCCGAUCCAGCCCGUACGCGUGCAACGGUCGGGGGCAGUCCUCCGUCAAGAUGACCUGGAGCACCCCGCCGCGUAAGGGCCGGAGCACGGCGGGCGCCAGCGGUGACGACCUCGAGGAGGCGUGGCUGGUGGCGCAGGCGGCCAAGAAGUCUCAAGCGAGGGCUGCGGUGUGGGGCGUCUCCGUCAGCAUCGGCCUCCGUGGCCAACUCAACUCGUUCGUGCUGCUGGUGCUCCUUCUGUUCGUCGUCCUCGCCGUCUCGGUCACCACCGAGAUCGGCAACGGCGCCAAACCACAGGCGCCGACGACCGUGCCGCCAGCCGAUGACACCGGUGCCGGCGACGACGCCGGGCGGGGUGAUCAGGUGGGCGAGUGCGACAUGUCCUCCGGCCGGUGGGUGUACGACGACGUGGCGUACCCGCUGUACAAGGAGAGCGCGUGUAAGUUCAUGUCCGAUCAGGCGUCGUGCGAGAAGUUCGGGAGGACGGAUCUUAAGUACCAGCACUGGAGGUGGCAGCCUUACGGCUGCAACCUUCCUAGGUUCAACGCGGCGAAGCUGCUUGGGAAGCUGCGCGACAAGCGGCUGGCGUUCGUCGGCGACUCGCUGAACCGGAACCAAUGGGUGUCCAUGAUCUGCCUCAUCGACACCGCCACACCUACGCUCCACAAGUCCAUGAGCAGAAACGGGUCGCUCGUCUCCUUCAAGAUCCAUGAGUACAAUGCGUCGGUGGAAUUCUACUGGUCGCCGCUGCUGGUGGAGUCGAACGCGGACCACCCUGUGCACCACCGGAUCGCCGACCGCAUUGUGCGCGCCGGCUCCAUCAGCAAGCACGCCAGGCGCUGGGCCGACGCCGACUUGCUCGUCUUCAACUCCUACCUCUGGUGGCGCCUCCCCUCCAUGAAAGUCCUGUGGGGAUCGUUUGAGGCGGCGGCGGAGGGAGCGCACGGAGCGGUGUACGAGGUGACCGAUAGCCUGCGCGCGUUCGAGCUGGCGAUCUACACGUGGGCCGAGUGGCUCGAGCUCCACGUGGACCGCUCCCGGACGCGUCUCUUCUUCAUGAGCACGUCGCCGACGCACCUCCGCUCCGACGAGUGGGAGGCCGCGAGCAGCGUUGGGACCAGAAACCACCGAUGCUACAACGAGACGGAGCCGAUCGCGGGGGAGGGGCACCGCGGUCGGGACACGGAGCCGGCGUUCGCACGAGCGGUGGAGGCGCAGGUGCGGCGGCUGGGCGCGCGCGGCGUGGCGGUGCGGGUGCUGAACGUGACGCAGCUGUCGGAGCACCGGAAGGACGCGCACCCGUCCGUGCACCGGCGGCAGUGGGACCCGCCCACGGAGGCGCAGGUGCGGGCGCGGGCGCGCGACCCCGGCAGCGACGCCGACUGCAUCCACUGGUGCCUCCCCGGCGUGCCCGACGUCUGGAACCAGAUCCUGUACGCACACAUCGUGUCGUCGUGACAGUGAACUACAACGUUAAGGCCCCUUCGCAACGCGGGAUUCCACCCCCACCCCCCAUUCAUAUUGGAAACUGAUCUGAUUCCUGCCUGCAAGAUUUCUCCAAAAUUCUUACGUGCCAAAGGAUACCAAGUUAGUGACGACACAAACAAGUCAUCCAAGUGGUUCUCCCAGUCAUCUUCUUUUUUUCUUUCAUUUUGGCAGUGAUGAACUCAGAGAAGUCAGGUAGCUCAUCCACCUCUUUCACCCUUCUCUUCAUCUUCUUCGUCCUCUCUUUUCUACUUCUUCUCUCUCAUUCAUAGUAAAAAAAAAAUGUUAAAGGACUCGAAGGCUUACUCUGACUGCGAAGCAGUAGGAGGGCUAGAGCCCCCUGAUGCACCCCUGCAUUUUGGGUUCUCUAUUAUGAUUUGAAAAUGUCAUUUGGAAAUUCAAUAUC